AUGGGUGCUCCUAUAUGCGGUGUUCAUUGGAUACCGAUUUCAGAUAAGGAGGGAUUCAUGAAGGAUUCAAAAAACUGCUUGUGGUUGGAGAACUCAGCGCGACUGUUAGUACAGGAUGAAGCUAAGAUAGGAAGAAUAAUUUCGGCAGCGGAUGAAAGCAUUGAUGGGUCAUUUAGAAGCUAUUAG